AUCAGGAUCACACAACAAUAAUGAAUGGAAACACGUCGGAGCCAAGAAAGUUGAGCAGCGACUCAAAGUAACUGUCGGUCUUCAUCUGAAAGUUGUCUGCCGCACAGGGGAAUCUGCUGUGAGGAAUGGAUUGGCCAGACAAAUUAGAAACUACUCUCUGGAAGAGAAAGCAGCAGGACUUUGAUAGUAACUUCUGACUGUUUUCAACUUUUGAAAGGAUUCACGGUAAAACGGUGAUCAAAGGUAAAUGGCAGUUUGGGACAGUAAUGUGAGACUUUGCCAGCUUCUUUUAUAUACCUCGCUUUGGAGAAGUUCAUUUUUGGAUUAAACUGGUGGGAUUAUUUUUUUUUUUUUUCCUUUUUCUUUUUGCCUGUUUUAUUUGGAUUAACUCCACUUAAACAAACUGAGGGAUUGACAAAGAGGAUCUAUCUGAAAAAAAUGGGUAAUAUAGAAAGUGUGGACGGCCAGUCGGAGAUGAAGCAUCACAUCAUGCCUCUGAAGGUGCCCAUGCCUGACCCCACCGAGCUGGAGGAGAAAUUUGCCAUUGUUUUAAACUCUAUGAACCUGCCUCCAGACAAAGCUCGGCUCCUCAGACAGUAUGACAACGAGAAGAAGUGGGACCUGAUCUGCGACCAGGAGAGGUUUCAAGUGAAGAAUCCACCUCAUACCUACAUCCAGAAGCUGCGCGGAUACCUGGACCCUGGAGUCACGCGGAAGAAGUUUCGCAGGCGUGUGCAGGAAUCAACAAAGGUUUUGAGGGAGCUGGAGAUAUCGCUGAGGACAAACCACAUUGGGUGGGUCAGGGAGUUUCUCAAUGAUGAGAACAGAGGUCUCGACGUCCUGGUGGAGUAUCUCUCCUUCGCUCAGUGCGCUGUCAUGUUGGAUUUUGAAGGGCUGGAAAAUGGGGAGGAUGGCUUCUUGGACAAGUCCAAAUCUUGGAGCAGGUCCAUUGAGGAUCUGCACCAUUCAGGCUCCCAACCCUUCUGCAACACUCUGGUGCGCUCUGCCCGCCAGUCUGUGCUCCGCUACGGCUCAGUUUCCAACAGCAAAACCAUCAAGAACUCCCGCCUCGUGAGUCAGAAAGACGACGUGCAUGUGUGCAUCAUGUGCUUGAGGGCAAUCAUGAACUAUCAGUAUGGCUUCAAUAUGGUCAUGUCUCAUGCACACGCUGUCAACGAAAUUGCUCUCAGCUUGAACAAUAAGAACUCACGGACGAAAGCUUUAGUCCUUGAGCUUCUUGCUGCCGUGUGUCUCGUUCGAGGAGGUCACGAGAUCAUCCUUUCAGCCUUCGACAACUUCAAAGAGGUCUGCAAAGAAAAGCACCGCUUUGAGAGACUCAUGGAUUACUUCCGUAGUGAAGAGGGAAACAUUGACUUCAUGGUGGCCUGCAUGCAGUUCAUCAACAUUGUUGUCCACUCAGUCGAGGACAUGAACUUCAGAGUCCAUCUGCAGUUUGAAUUCACUAAACUGGGACUGGACGAUUACCUGGAGAAAUGUAAACACACAGAGAGUGACAAGCUGUCAGUGCAGAUCCAGGCCUACCUGGACAACGUUUUUGACGUGGGUGGCCUGCUGGAAGAUGCGGAGACCAAGAAUGCGGCGCUCGAGAAAGUGGAGGAACUGGAGGAGCACCUGUCCCAUGUGACGGAGAAGCUGCUGGAGGUUGAAAAUGAAACAAUGAUGAAAGUGGCAGAUCUGGAGAAGCUGCUCCUUCAGAAAGAUAAGGAUCUGCAAGUAAUACGGGAGACGUACGAGUCGACCAACACCCAGGUCAACACCCUGAGGAGGAUGAUCAAGGAGAAAGAUGCUGCUUUCCAGAGACACUUCAACAUCGAGAGGCGGCUGCUGGAGCUGGAGCAACAAGGCACCAUCCGUCUGCACAAGAAACCCGAUGGAGACAUCGCCAUCGAGCCGCUCGGUGUAGCCGGCGCUGGGUCCAGCGGCCUGGGAAUCCCUCUGGCAGACGUUGCUCAGUUGUCUUUGGGUACGACGGCAGCGUUCACAGAACUCGGUGGGCCAGACACCAGUUUGCCACCAGCCAGCGAAGCCCCGCCGCCUCCCCCGCCACCUCCACCGCCCCCGCCUCCUCUGCCUUCCUCCGCAGGCCCAGCUGCACCGGCCCCUCCGCCUCCACCUCCUCCUCUGCCAGACGCUUCUCCCUCCGUUAUCCUGAGCGUUGGUCUGUCAGCUAUCAGAAUCAAGAAGCCCAUCAAGACAAAGUUCCGCCUUCCUGUAUUUAACUGGACGGCCUUGAAGCCCAAUCAGAUCAAUGGCACCGUCUUCAAUGAGAUCGACGAUGAACGUGUGCUGGAGGAGCUGGAUCUGGAGAGGUUCGAGGAGCUGUUUAAGACCAGAGCGCAGGGUCCAAUAGUCGACGUUUCCUGCACAAAGAGUAAAGUCGCUCAGAAGGCAGUCAACAAAGUCACUCUCCUGGACGCCAAUCGCUCCAAGAACUUAGCCAUCACCCUGCGAAAGGCCAACAAGACCACAGAGGAGAUCUGCAAAGCCAUCGAGAAGUUCGACCUCAAGGCCUUACCUGUGGACUUCGUGGAGUGCCUGAUGCGCUUCCUGCCCACCGAGGCGGAGGUGAAGGUGCUGCGGCAGUACGAGCGCGAGCGGCGCCCGCUGGACCAGCUGGCCGAGGAGGACCGCUUCAUGCUGCUGUUCAGCAAGAUCGAGAGGCUGACGCAGAGAAUGAACAUCAUCACCUUCGUGGGGAACUUCUCGGACAACGUCAACAUGCUCACGCCUCAGCUCAACGCCAUCAUCGCCGCCUCGGCGUCGGUCAAGUCCUCGCCGAAGCUGAAGAAAAUGCUGGAAAUCAUCUUAGCCUUGGGGAACUACAUGAACAGCAGCAAACGAGGCUGCGUUUACGGCUUCAAACUGCAAAGUCUCGAUCUGCUGCUGGACACUAAAUCUACAGAUAGAAAAAUGACGUUGCUCCACUACAUCGCUCUCAUCGUGAAGGAGAAGUACUCUGAACUGGCCAACUUCUACAAUGAAUUGCACUUUGUGGACAAAGCAGCUGCAGUCUCUCUGGAAAACGUGCUCCUGGACGUCCGAGAGUUGGGUAAAGGCAUGGACCUCAUCCGGAGAGAGUGCAGCCUCCACGACCAUUCGGUGCUGAAGGGCUUCGUCCAGGCCAGCGACUCCCAGCUGGACAAGCUGCAGAAGGACGCCAAGACGGCGGAGGAGGCCUUCAACAGCGUGGUGAACUACUUUGGAGAGAGCGCCAAGACGACUCCACCCUCCGUGUUCUUCCCUGUGUUUGUGCGGUUUAUCAAAGCCUACAAGGAUGCAGUGGAAGAAAAUGAACUGAGGAAGAAGCAGGAGGAAGCAAUGAGAGAAAAGUUACUGGCUCAGGAGGCCAAACAGCACGACCCCAAGGUCCAGGCUCAGAAGAAGAGGCAGCAGCAGCAGGAGCUGAUCGCCGAGCUGCGCAGGAGGCAAGCCAAAGACCACCGGCCCGUGUACGAGGGCAAGGAUGGCACCAUUGAAGACAUCAUCACAGUACUGAAGAGCGUGCCCUUCACAGCCCGCACUGCUAAACGCGGCUCACGGUUCUUCUGUGAAGCCAACCUCUGUGACGACGCCAACUGCUAGCCCUCCCCCCUAAUGCCAAGGUUGUCCAGAUCUCCGAAACCAGCCUUUCCUGCGAGCCGAUGCGUUGAUCCGGAGCGGUUGGAAAAGACCUUAAACCACUUAUUCAUCGCUUAUACUCCCCUCCUCCUCCUCCUCCUCCUCCUCCUCCUCCUCCUCCCCACCAUAACCCUCCUCCCUCUCUCCCAAGCUCCAUCUCAAGCCAUGAGGCUGCAGAUCACAAAGACUGAAAAGGGAGCACAGGACAGACCCUUGUCUUAGCUGGGUAAUUUAUUUAUUUAUGGAGGCCCUUUAUCGCCACUCCAAGUGAGCAAGGCAUCAUUACGGAAGCACAAUAGGCCACUCAUCCGUCACUGCAGGCGUCAGGCCCCCACCCCUCCUGCUCUGCGGGUGACUGAAGAACAGGUGAGGCGAGGCGAGGGGCGACCGACCGUGAAGCAGGAAGCGCCGAUCUCUCACCGACGUCUCCGUUCGGACGCUCCCACUUCCGGCUCGGUCCGCAGCCGGAGCAGGACUCGGAGUGGGAGGUGCUCCCUGCUGCUGGGACUUAAAAGACGGAAGCUUCCUCCAACUGAUGAAGAGAACAAACUGUUUCCCAACCCUUCAGACAUCCUCGUUCAAGAUAUUUCAAUCUUUUAUUCAGGUUGCAUCUGGAAGAAAAGACUGUCACUUUUACAGGUUCAUCUGCAGGAGCUAGCCAAGCCAAAACUUCUCUAAUGUCUCAUAUUUUUUGCUUACAAAGUGCCUUUUGUGUAAACAGUGUUAUUUUCUCAUGAGUCAGCCAUAAUUUGUUAAAUUUCCCACCUUUUAUUUGUUAAAGACUGUAUUUUUUACUUCCUCUUAUAAACAGUGGCCUUGUGAUACUGACACCAAUAUGCAAGUCGACAUUUCAGAUUUGAAGACACAACUAGAAGGUUUUUUUUUUAAUUAUUAUUAUUGAUAAUCGCCUCUCUAGUACAUCAGUGUCUUUAAGGUCAGAACAGUUGACAGAGGAGUCUUAAUGUCAUGGUGCCUUGUCGGAAUAGCAGUUAAAAAAGUGAAUGUUAUGUGUUCCGUGCCUCGACGACACUUUCUGCCCCACCUCGAGUGGCUUUGGGAAGCGACAAAAGACAGAAGACUUCACGUGGAAUGCUGUGUAAGUGCAUAAAGGGAUGUUGGGCUAACGCGCUAUAUAUGUGUUAAUAGAUGGAAAAAGGGCGUUUUAUGCUUUUUUUUUUAAAAACCGUUUCCUCCUCCCCAACAGCUGUUUACUUACAUGACAGAGGGAGCGGUCCUUCUUCACACUACUUAAUUUGGCAGAACCUUGUAAGAGACACUACUCAUUACCUGUACAAUUAUUGUGAUGUACAUUCAAGAAAAUUACUUUUCAAGAUGAAAUUAUCCUUGGUAUUGCCUAUCGACUGAAAGAUGACACUUUGUUUAAUAAAUAUGAUGAAUCAUGUAACUAUGAGACUGUUAUUACAGUUCAGGGGUGUGAAAGAAAGAGGUUUUGUUUUUUUCUGAUGAAGCAACAUUCAAACAAGCCGAUUUCUACAGGGUUGUUUUAUUUCUCUGUGCUGUUAAGGGUUAGUGAUGCUAAGUUCGGAUGAAAAAAAUGCAAAGGGGCUGAAUUUCUUCUCCAUCUCUCCAAAUGACAGACAGGGCCACUGUACAUUUCUACUAUAAAAAUCCAUUUAAUUUUCUUAUAUCAAAAGAAAUAGAAUCAUAAAACAAUCAGAGCCACAAAGAUGUGGGUUUUCACCACCAAAAGAAAUUUCUCAAACUGAAAUGUGAUUGUUCUAAUUUACAUGGUCACAUAAAAAUUAACAGAGCAGGAUGUAAAAAAACAAACAAACAAAAAAAAAAAA